GCCUAUUAGAAUAUAUGACUGCUCAUUUUUAUAUCUUCACCAUGCAGACCCCUCAUCUGCGCCAGUAGUAACCAGCCAUGGGCCAGAACACUUCCCACGAGGCCGUGUACCUCGAAACCAGAGUAGAAGACCCCCCCAACGGAGAUCCCCAAGGCCUCGCUCUGCUAAGCCACGGCCGGCUAGGCGGCAGCUACGACCAGCCGCCCAUCCGUCUGCUCGCCGAGUAUCUCAGAGACAAGAGACGGCUGAGAGUGGUGACUUGGAAUAACCGUGGCGUCGGCAAUAGUGGGGGCCAGUCCGAGUGGAACGAUUUCGGCGUGUGGGUGGGAGAUGCCGGGAUUAACGAUUACAACCGUAUGCUUCGUGAGUCCAUGACCAACUUCACACGAGAUUUCCCUCUUAAGAAAGGGGCGCAGCUGUUUAUAUGUCGAAAGCUGACAGCAAUCCAACCUAAGGGCUACUCGGCCGGAGCCAUCUACGCCGGCUGCGCCCGCCCGCUCCCGUCAUUCUACCAGUUCGCCCCCGCGUACUACAUCUUCAUCUCCUACCCCGUAGACCUGAACCCCCUGAUAGGGCUAUUUAAAUCCGGCUCCCACUUCCGCUCUCUCGAAGCCCUGGUGCAGGGCCAUGGCUGGGAGAACCUGCCCUCCGAGUUCCACGGCGCGGAGCCCGAGGUCGCAGCCGUGAUCACCAUCACCGGCCAGCUGGAGGCCGUGCUGUUCUAUGACAUGUGGACCGGGAUUCUCGGCAGUAAGAAUGCUCGGAAAGUGCUCACCCAAGUAAGGGUCGAGGGAGCUGAUCAUACGUGGAAUGGGAAAACGUAUUGUAUCGUGGAGGAAGUCGAUAAGUGGUUAUCCUACUGAUAGGUUGUCGUUGAAUACUUAGGUGCCUAAGCCUAGUCUGGUAGUGCCUCAUUCAACUAUGUAGGUACCUAGUA